AUGGAAAUUUUAAAUCUUUCUAUAGAGUUUCACAUACCAGAUGGAAAUACAUUAAAAAAGAUGGUUAGAGUUGAUAAUACAACAAAAAUUGGAGAGAUGUCACGUUUAUUACUUGAUAAAUUUGGUAGAUCAGAUUUUGACCCAUCCCAAUUUCAAUUAAUUGUCCCUCAAAAAACAGCAACAAUCUCAUUUCAUGUUUUAUCAGAUUUAAAUAAAUCAUUAUCUUCAUAUAAUAUAAAAAAUAAUGAUGAAUUAAUUUUUAAAAAGAGACAAAAAAAAACAAACCCAGGUAAUGCAAAAUUAGUAUCAAAAAAGAAACCAGAAAGUAUAUUUAAAACUUUAUUUUCAAUGUCAACUUUAGAAAUGAAAUUGGGUGAAGAUAAAUCAGCACCAGAAAUUUCAGAAGUUGAAAAUCAAAUCGAUGAUUUAGGUAUAUUAUUUAAAGCAUUGGAAAUUUUAACAAAUAGUUUUAAUCAAAAUAAAGAUAUAGAAGACAUAGUAUCAUCAUUUCAAUAUGUUGGUAAUGAAUCAGAAAUAGCGGAUUUAGUAAAGAUUGUUUUAUCAAAUAAUGACGGACUUAGUAGUAAUAGCAAUAAUAAUAGUAGUAGUAAUAUUGGUAGUAUGUUAAAUAGUGGUGGUGGAGGUAGUGGUAGUAAUUUAGGUUUAGGUUUAUCAAGUGGUACAGGUGGAAGUUUUAAUGGUAAUAGUAGUGGUAGUAGUAGCAGUAGUAGUUAUUAUUAUAACAAUAACAACAAUAAUAAUAAUAUUGAAUUAACAGCACAACAAAAGAAUCCAAAAGUUUUAUGUAGUUUUAUAUUACAUUUAUUACAAAUUAUAUUUUCCCAAACCUCACUUACUUAUUCAUUGUAUAUUACCUAUUUAAAAACAAAUAAUAAUAAUAAUAAUAAUAACAACAACAACUCAUCAUCACCAUCAAAUACCGAUUUAUCAAGAUCAACUUAUUUUUAUGAUAUUCCAGUAAAAAGUAGAAUCAUAUUAAAACAUAUCAUGUUGUUUUUAUAUAAUUUAACCCAAAGAGAUGCAUCAUUACUUGAUUCACUUUCAAAUAUAAUCGGUCCAUUCAUUUUGGGAAAUGUACUAUUAGACCCACCACCACCACCACCAUCAAAUUCAUCACCACCAAUUUCAAAAUCAACAUCAAAUAAUAAUUUAAACGUAUCAAAUUAUCAUAAUAAUAAUAAUAAUAAUAAUAAUAGUAAUAGUAAUUUAUCAAAUUCUGGAAAUGGAGAUGAAAGUCCAGAUUUUCAGUCACAAAAUUUAGUUAAAAGUUAUAAUAGAGAAAAUAGUGGUAAUUCUUUAAAUUCAAUGUUACAUCAAACAUCAUUACCAAAUAAUAAUAAUAGUAAUGUUGUUAAUAAUAAUAAUAAUAAUAAUAAUAAUAAUAAUAAUAAUAAUAAUAAUAAUAAUAAUAAUAAUAAUAAUAAUAAUAAUAAUAAUAAUAAUAAUAAUAAUAUCAAUAAUAAUAGUACUAGUAGUAAUAAUAAUAAUAAUAAUAAUAGUAAUAAUAAUAAUUCACAAAUACCACCAUUAAUUCAAGUUAGACAACCAAGUAGCGAUUUUACAACCACUUCAAGUGGUAAUCUUAGAUCAUUAAGUAAUACAGAGAAUAGUUUAUGUAAAAAGGUUGCAAUUGAUUUAAUUCAAAAUAUACCACUGUAUUUAUUAUUUUCACAUUUAAAAAUUCAACAAUUGGAAGGAGAGAAAAUACUCUUUUCAGCAGAGAAUAUAUUUUGUGUAGAUAAAUGUAAUUUCCCACCGAAUAAAGCAAUGUUGGGUGAAAUAUGGGUAACUAAUUUUAGAAUCAUCUUUAUAAAUUCAAAUUCAAACUCUUCAACUAUACCAAAUUCAACAUCAUCAACUUCAAUCUCAUCAUUUGCUUCAACUCAAAAUCUUUCAAUACUAUCCAUUAUGACUCUAUUUGGAAGUUAUAAUGGUAAUGGUGGUAGUGGUCCCACUAAUGCAACUUUAAGUGGUGGUGGUUCAACUUCUUCCUCUUCAAAUUUAAACACUCCAAUAACAACUUCACCAAUUCAUACAUCGACUAAUAGUAAUGGUGCAAUUUUAAACCCAAUAAAUAAUUCAUUAAUAAACUCAAAUAAUAAUAAUAAUAAUAAUAAUAUAAAUAAUAAUAUAAAUAAUAAUAUAAAUAAUAUAAACAAUAAUAUAAAUAAUAUAAAUAGUAAUAGUAAUAAUAAUAUUAAUAGUAUUAUUAAUAGUAAUAGUAAUAAUAAUAAUAAUAAUAAUAAUUUAAAUAAAUUAUCAACAUUAGAUAAUACAGAAAUACCACUUUCAAUGAUAUAUAGAUGGAAAAUGGUAAAAACAGGUUCACUUUAUGAUAGUUUUAAAAUAUAUUGUAAAGAUUUUCGUUGUAAAAUCAUUGGAUUUCAAAUUAAUUCACAUGUAUUGGUAAAGUUUAAAGAUUUGUUAACAAAAUGUUCAGUACCAACUUUGGAUACUAUUUUUGCAUAUAAUAGUAAAGAAUCUAGUUUUGGUAAUACUGAAUGUUUUCCUGAUCAUUCUUUAUUACAAGAAUAUAAUAGAAUUGGAGUCUCUUGGGAUCUUUGGAGAACUACCACUCAAUCAAAACUUUGUGAACAUUAUCCACCAACUUCAGUGGUUCCAAAAUCAGUUAGUGAUAAUAUAGUUGUAACAUCAGCCUAUUAUCGUAGUUAUGGUUUUCCAGUUUUAGCUUGGUCACAUCCAACUCAAAAAUCAAGUAUAACAAGAGCAACUUCACCAGAAGAUCAAAAUAAUGGUAGUAGUAAUUAUUUAUUAACUCCAAAUUCACCAAAUUCAAGUAGUAGCAAUUUAGCCAAUAAUAAUAAUAGUAAUAAUAAUAAUAUAAAUAAUAAUAAUAAUAAUAAUAAUAAUAAUAAUAAUAAUAAUAAUAAUAAUAGUAAUAAUAAUAAUAAUAAUAAUAAUAAUAAUAAUAAUAAUAAUAAUAAUAAUAAUAAUAAUAAUGGUGGUGGUAGUGGUAGUAGAUCAACAACAAUUGAUAAUGGUCAAACAUCAAUAUUAAAUAAAAAUAUUUCAAAUACACCAUUAAUACAAUCACCAACACCAAAUUUACCACCAUCACAACAUUCAUUAAAUUUAUUAAUGUCACCACAAACAUCAUCACCAAGAAUUCAUCAAUCAAUUAGUUCAUCAAGUAUACCGCAGGUUUGUCAAGAGGAUAUUGAUUUCCUAAGGGGAAUAUUGGAUAUAAAGAGUAGUAGUAUGUUGAAUGUAUUUGAUACAGGUUCAGGUGGUUCUUAUUCCUCGACAAUGAUUGGAUGUCAAAUUGAAUUUUUAAAUUUACCACCACCAAAUAAAGUUAGAGAAAGAUUUAAUAGAUUGUUACAUUUACAUUUGGGUAAUCCAGAUUCAGAGUGGUCAGAAACUAUUAGAUUCUUUUGGUUAGAUCCUUUGAAACCAAUUCUAUCGGCUGCAAUUAAUAUUGCGAUGCAUGUGGAUCAAGGUAGAUCAGUAUUGAUUCAAAAUUCAAGUUCAGGACCAGAUAUAGAAUUACAGCUAUCAAGUUUAGCACAAAUAUUAUUGGAUCCUUAUUAUCGUACAAUGGAUGGAUUUAAAGUUUUAAUUGAAAAGGAAUGGUUGUCAUAUGGUUACCCAUUCUCUAAACGUUGUCAUCAUAAGACUAGUGACGAUGGUUUCUCACCAAUCUUUAUGCAAUUCAUUUUCUUGGUUUGGCAAAUUUGGAAAGAGUUUCCAACCCAUUUCCAAUUUAAUGAAUAUUAUUUACUCACACUAUUGGAUAAUGUUUACAAUAGUAGAUUCGGUACAUUCCUAUGUAAUAACUAUAAGGAGAGAAUGGAGAAUAAUGUUUACUCUUCAACCAAAUCAUUUUGGUCAUUUCAACAACAAAAUCAAUCACGUUUUACAAAUUUAUUUUAUCGUCCAUCACCAUCAUCAUCAUCUUCUUCAUCUUCUUCAUCUUCAUCAUUAUCCAAUGGUUAUAAUUCAUCGGUUCAACAUUUGAAAUGUUUACGUGUUUUCCAAGAUACAAUGUGGAAUGAAUAUUUCUUUAGAUAUUGUUUUAAAUCUUCAUUAGCAAUCGAGCAAUUUGAGGAUAGAAUUAAAUUAUCAUUACUUGACAUUGAAAUGACUGUUAAUAGUGCUAUCACGUCAACUGCAAAUGCCCUAUUACCAUUCUUGGAGACAUUGGAUCUUUCAAAUCUAAGAUUAUAUUACUUACCAUCGGAAUCAACUCUUUAUCAUUUGGUUGGUUUGAGGGAGUUAAAUUUAUCAAAGAAUAAUUUAAAUUCAAUUUCAUGUAGUCUUUCAAGUCUAGUUAAAUUGGAGAAAUUAUCAUUUGAAGAGAAUUCAAUUACAAAUUUACCAAUUGAAACCGUUGUACUAUUGGCAGAGAAAUUAACAUCAUUGACAGAGUUGAAUUUAUCGUCAAAUCAAUUGAUUGAUUUACCAAUUGAAUUUUCAAUGUUUUCAAAAUCAUUAAAGAAAUUACAUCUAAAGAAUAAUAGAUUCUCUGCUAUACCAGAGGUUUUAGGAAUGUUGGAGAAUCUAAUAGAAUUGGAUCUCUCUGAAUUGGAUCUAUCAAGUUCGACCAAUAGUGGAGUUGGUAUACCAACUAAACUUUCAAAACUUUGUAUUCUAAAUUUAAAUCAAACUAGAAUCGUAGAGUUGCCAAAAGAAUUUGGUGAUUUGAAAUCAUUGGAAAAGUUAUAUUUAGACUUCAAUUCAUUGGUAACAUUACCACAUUCAUUUAGACAAUUAACAAAUCUUGAAGAGUUAUCUCUCAGUUUUAAUUCAAUGACAGAGUUACCAAGAGAAGUUUGUUUCUUAAUUAAUCUAAAGAAAUUGAUGAUUGAAGGUAAUCAAAUCCAAUUCUUACCAAAUGAAAUUAGCCAAUUAUCGAAGUUGAUGAUUUUAAAUGUUUGUAAGAAUAAAUUGGAUUCAUUACCCGCCUCAAUUGGUCAACUCUCUCAAUUGGUUUCAUUAAAUUUAAAUAACAAUAGUCAAUUGGUUUCAUUACGUCCAACUAUGGGUUUAUUAAGUAAUUUGGUUGAAUUGAAAUUGGAUGGCACUCGUUUAAAAACUCCACCACCUGAAAUCGUUUCAUUGGGAUUAAAAUCAAUUUUACUCUAUUUGAAAGAUUUAAUUAAAGGUCAAGAGCAAUGUUACAAGAUGAAGUUGAUGAUCGUUGGUCAAGAGAAUGUUGGUAAAACAACACUUUUGAAAACUUUAAAAGAGAAAAAGAAAAAAGCCACACCAAGUGGUCCAAAUAUUUCAACCGAUGGUAUUGCAAUCGAUCAAUGGGUUUUCUCUUGUCUCUUUGAGGAACUCGAUGAAACUAGUCAAAAUGGUAGACUGAUUAAAAAGAAACAAGAUAUCACUUUGUCAAUUUGGGAUUUUGCAGGUCAAGAGAUUUAUUAUACAACUCAUCAAUUCUUUUUAUCAGAGAGAUCAGUUUAUAUUGUAGCAUGGAAUUGUGCAUUGGCUGAAGAGGAAAGUAGAGUUGAGUUUUGGUUACAAUCGAUUACAACUCGUGCAAAAGAUGCACCCAUUAUCAUUGUUGGUACUCAUUUGGAUGAUGUAAAUAGAACCACUGCAAAGAUGCAAAAAAAGAGAAUGAAAGAGAAAUAUUUAAUACGUUAUCAAAAUAUUAAGGCAAUUAAAUUGGUUAGUUGUACCAGUGGUAAGGGUAUAACAAGUUUACGUGAGAAGCUAGAGGCAUUGGUUCAAUCGCAAUCCAAUAUGGGUGAAAGUUUACCAAGAUCCUAUAUGUUGUUAGAGAAUCUUGUCAAAGAGGAAACAAAGAAACGUAUCAUUCCAACCAUUCCUUGGACAGAGUUUAUUCAAAUGGGUACUAUUUGCACCAUCACUGACGAAGCUGAACUAUUACGUGCCACAAUGUUUUUACAUCAAUUGGGUUCAUUGGUUUAUUUCCCAAAGGAGCCUGGUUUAAAACAAUUUGUAAUCUUGGAUCCACAAUGGAUCACAACCAUGCUAUCAAGUAUUAUCACCACAAAGCAUAGCUAUGCAAAGGAUGGUAUAUUGAAUCAUAAGAGUUUAAAACAAAUUUGGAGACCACCACAAUAUCCAACUCAUUUACAUCCACAUUUAAUUUCAUUGUUAGAGAAAUUUGAAAUCUCCUAUAAUCUAUCACCCGAUUCAACUUCAUUUGAAACUGGUACAAGCUUAAUCCCAUCAUUGUUACUAAAUGAUAGACCAGCCAUAUUCCCAUCGCUAUGGGGAUCGUUCAAUCAAUUGGUACGACAAUUUGGUAGAAUCUACCAAUUCGAAUUUGUACCCAAUGGUUUCUUUUCACGUUUAAUGGUUAGAAUUUUAAAUUUUGCACGUGUUGAGGCCAAAUGUUAUUGGAAGAAUGGUAUGAUCUUACAACAUGAUGAGGAAACAAUCUUUUUGGAAAUGAAUAAUGCAAAGAAAUCCUUAUCUUUCACUGUUAGAGGUGGUGCAAAUUCAACUACACUAUCACGUGAUGUCAUUGAAACCAUUCAAUCAUUACUUGAUGAUAGUUUCCAAUUACCAACCUAUGUAUUCGUACCAUGUUUCCAUUGUAUCUUUUUAUCAUUACCUCAAUGUUAUUAUUUCCCAUUGGAUGUUUGUGAGAAUGCCGCUGUAAAAGGCACUGGUUAUCUCAAGUGUUUAACCUAUGAUGCAAAUGUUAGAACCGAUCUAUUGGUACCAGAUUUAGUGAUGUCCAAUUUUACAGGUGCUAAAAUUCCAUUUGACCAAUUGAUGAUUGAAGAAUUGAUUGGUGAAGGUGGUGCUGCAUUGGUUUAUCGUGCACGUUGGCAAGGUCAAACGGUUGCUGUCAAAAAAUUGAAAACCAUUGAAAAUUUAGAUAGUCCAAUUGAGAUCAAUGAUAUUUCACUCUCGAAAGCAUUCAAUGAAUUCCGUAGAGAAUGUUGGGUUAUGUCAGAGUUGGAACAUCCAAACAUUGUACAAUUGAAAGGUCUUUGUUUAGAUCCACUUUGUAUUGUAACCGAAUAUUUACCACAUGGUAAUCUCUAUAGUUUCCUACAUAAACCAGAGAUGGAAUUCAGUUGGUUAUUUAGAUUAAAAGUUGCUUUAGAUAUCUCAAGUGGUAUGGCUUUCCUUCAUAGUAGUACACCUCCAAUCAUUCAUAGAGAUUUGAAAUCUCCAAACAUUCUAUUGGCAUCAAUUAAUGAAAACGCUCAAACCAUUGCAAAGGUUGUAGAUUUCGGUCUAUCGGGUUUACAACAUACCAUCACAAAUAGAGGCGUUGAAAAUCCAUUAUGGUUAGCACCAGAGAUUUUAAAUAAAACUAAAGAAGCUUCAACUCAAACUGAUGUCUAUGCAUUUGGUGUCAUUCUUUGGGAAUUGGUUACAAGAAAAGAUUAUUUCGGUGAGAUUGGUUUCAUGACAUUGAUAGAAGAAAAAGUAAUCAAUGGUGAACGUCCAAAGAUUCCAGAGGAUUGUCCAGAAAUGUAUUCGAAAUUAAUUGUUGAAUGUUGGCAAACUGAUGCUUCACAAAGACCAAAAUUCUCAGAGAUUGAAGAUCGUUUAAUUAAAAUUGCAGAAGCAAUGUUUCCUGAUAUUCAUUUAUCAAAUAUUUAUCAACAGCAACAGCAACAGCAGCAACAACAACAACAAUCCUCUCCAAGUAAAUCAUCAUCAACUUCACCAAUUAUAAAAUCAUUAAAUCUAUCAACAGUAAGUGAAUUAGGUGAAUCUUCAAAUCAAACUCCAAAACAAAAUAUAACAACAACUACAACUACAACUCACAGUGAUCAUAAGAGACAACUUUCAACUGAUAGUGGUAGUAGCUAUCGUAAUAAAAGUCAUGAUACAAUUAGUCAUUCAACAAGUGUUGCAUCAGAUUUAUUAGAUAUUGAUAAUACAUUAACAGUUGCAACAACACCAAGAAAUAGAUCAAAAACAAAUGAUGAUAAUAUUAUUAAUACAAGUAAUGGUAGAAUUAUAACAAAUUCAAUUAAUAAUAGUAAUAGUAAUAACGAACAACCAUUAUCACCAAAUUCAUUACUUCAACAUUCACAAUCACAACAACAAUUAGAAAAUGUUGGAUUAAGUGCAUUAUUAGAUGCAUUACCAAAUUCACCAAUUGUUUCAUCAACUGCAGCUCCUUCUACAACAUCUACCAAUAAAAAAGUGAUGUAUACAUCGAUUGUUGGUGAUUCAGCUAGAACUAGAAGAGGUUCAGUUUCAAUACAACCAUUCCAAAAUGAAUUCAAUAGAGAGUUAUUACCAAAUCAAGGUACAAUUCAAUGUUUGAUAAAGGUUGGUGGUAAUGGUUGUCAAGUUUGGGCAGGUACAGGUAAUGGUUUCAUUUCAACUUGGAAAAUUGAAGGUCAAGAGAAAUACAUUCAAAGAUUAUUCGAAGCAAAUAAAGAUAAAAAGAGAAUUCAUUGUCUCUAUCCCUAUAUGAAUACUGUUUGGUGUGGUAGUGCAGAUGAUUCCAUUACCAUUUGGGAUAUUGAUACCUACCAAAAAAUCAAAUCUUACUCUGUUGAAGGUCCUUCCUGUAUAACUAGAGUCGGUAAUACUAUGUGGGUUGGUACCAUUGUAAAUACAAUUCACAUCUAUGAUUUGAAAAAGAAAACCAAAUAUAAAGGAAAGAUUUCAUUGGAUUCACCAAUUGAAUGUCUAUUGAGAAGAGAUCAAGAAGUUUGGGUUGCAACACUUGGAAACAUUGCAAGAAUUGAUGUUAACUCCCUAAGAGUGGUUCAAAUGACAAAGGCACACGAAAGAGCCAUCCAUGCAAUGAUUCAAGUGGAUGAUCAUGUUUGGACCGCUUCCUCUGAUGGUACUAUUAAAGUUUGGUCCUCAACUUGUCAAUCAGUUCAUACCAUUGAAAAUGCACACUCUAGUAGAAUCUUUACAUUGGAAUUGGUUGGUGAUUUCGUUUGGUCUGGAAGUUGGGAUACAACGAUCAAAAUUUGGUCAACAAAAGAUUAUCAUUUGGUUAGUGAAAAUUCUGGUAAACAUAAAGAUGCAAUUAGUAGUUUUGUUUACAUAUCAAAUGAUCAACCAUUACAAACCAAUGAACGUCCAAUUCAAAAACAAGUUUGGUCUGGUAGUUGGGAUUCAAGUAUUUGUGUUUGGGCUUUACCAAAUGAUACAAACUCUAGAUCAAAUACAAUCUUUAGUUCUGAUUCUCAAUUUAAUUUAAAUGGUGGUAGUAGUAAUUCAAUAACAAAUAGUAAUAGUAAUAGUAAUAAUAAUUUAAAUGGUAAUUUAAAUAAUAGUAAUAAUAGUAUUAAUAAUAAUUAUAAUAAUAAUAAUAAUAAUAAUAAUAAUAAUAAUAAUAAUAAUAAUAAUAAUAAUAAUAAUAAUAAUAAUAACAAUAAUAAUAAUAAUAAUAAUUAUUAUUAUAGUAAUAAUGUAAAUAGUCCAAAUCAAGCUUCUCAAAGUGCUGGUCAUCUUGGUACAAUUCAUGAACAAACUUCACCAAAUUCUGCAACACCAUUAUCAUCUACACCUCCUGGUAGUAAAGGUUUAAUGCAAAGAAGAACCGUUUCUUUUAUGAAUGUUUUAGAAAGAUUUUCAAAUGAUAAAAAUAGAAAAUAA